AUGAACCCUUGUGUCAUUUCUAGACAUCCUGUGUUGGCUCAUGGCACGGUCUCGCAGUUGAUGCACAUCGAUCGUAAGCAAUGGGAUCUUGAGGUCUUGCAUGAUUUGUUUGAGAUAAGGGAUAUCGAGUUCAUAAUGCAAGUUCCUCUAAGUUAUAAUGUUCAUGUUGAUUCUUGGUUUUGGGGUAAGGAGUCGAAUGGGUUUUAUUCAGUUAAGAGCUCCUACCGCUAUUUUCAAGAACUGAAAGGUGAAUGGGGUGUUCAGUUGGAGUCUGACUUAUGGAAGGUUCUCUGGAAAGUUAAAGUCCCCCCCAAGGUUCUUCACUUUGCUUGGAAAGCUAUCUCGGGGUGUCUCCCAACUCGUACCCAAUUGCGUACAAAACAUGUUCCUGUUGAUCCUCGCUGUGUGUUUUGUAAUUCUGAUGAAGAAACCAUUUUUCAUGUUUUGGCAUUUCUGUCAGGGGGUAGAGUGGCUUUGGUGGAUGAGCUCUUGAUGGUAGCAUGGGGUAUUUGGAAAGCUCGAAAUGAGCUUCUUUGGCAGGGUCGUUCUUCUCAGGCUGCGGAUGUGGUUCGAGUGGCAAGGUCGUGUCAUUCUAGUUGGUUGUUGGCUCAAGAGAACAGGUUUGAACCGCUGUUGUUUGAUGCUACUGUUGUUGGUAGCAGUGUUUUUUGGGUAAAGCCGCCUGCUGGGAUGCUGAAGAUCAACACGGAUGGGGCAAUUUUUGAGGCAACAACUCAAUAUGCUGUGGCUGAAGUAUUGAGUGUCAAGGAGGCCCUGAGUUGGUUGAAGUCGAAGAAUUUGUCCAAUGUGCUAGUUGAGACAGAUUGUAUUGUAGUUGUUCAAGCUCUUAAUAGUUCGGUUGCUCUUCCAUCAGUUUUUGCCGCACAUUGUGUUGCUCGCGGUGCUUGUUUUUGGUCUGAUCGUCUUUUUACUGAGAGCAAUGUUCCACAUGUUCUUCAGUCUAUUGUGUUAGCGGAUAUUGCUGUUUAA